UCCGCGCCUUUUCCACUUUCCGUCCAUGAUGCCCCCCCUCUCUCCUCUCCUCAUUAUUUAGUCCGCACCACAUCACCUCACCCGUGCUUUUUUUUCUGCUCGCCAAAUAAGAAGAAAUAGCCGCUGGUGGGCCGGGUCGCGAAUGCUUUAUUUUAUUUGCUAUUCGCCUAAUGCGGGCGCCAUAUAGGAGAAUCAAUUUUAAUAUCUGCUCUUGAACACCCUUUUUUUCUUCCCCCCCCCCCCGCGCUUGCGCACUCUAUUCCACACACAAACAUUGAUAUUGUCAAUGUUGCUCGCUGUGCACUGCAAAUAAAAAAUGCAGAUUAGAUUUAUUGUUCUGCACUAAAGCGCAGAGGAUCUAGAAAUGGCAAAAGGAAACACCCCCAAACCCCCAGAAAACGACAUGCCGCUAGUAUCGGUUCUUUUCAUCUUGUAUGCGUGCUUGCAGUCAGGUCAUUUUUUUGGGUCGAGGUUCCAUGCCCAAAAGUGGAUCCGCCUUUUCAUCCCUUUCUCCUGCUUGUGUGUACAGCGCGCGGUUUUCGUAUUUUAUUUGUCCAGAAAAAACUAACUUGCUUCCACGCCUGCGUUUUCUUUUCACUCUUUCCCCCCGAAAUCUUUCAAUUAAAGCGGCCUUCAAUAGAGGCGCCACGCCCUACGCUACAGUCUCAUCGCGCAUAUCGCAACACUUCAAACGCAUACUUGAGCACAUCCCGCCGCGGCCGCCGAUACUGGGAAGGGUGGCCCACGAGAAACACACGCGCAAAUAUUUUUACUACGUGGCCUCGGCACUGGAGCAAGAGGAUUUCCUUCGCAAAGUACGCAUCGGUCUCAUCCCCACCCACAGCACUGCAUCGAGCAGCAACAGCAGCGCUCGCAAUUCAAAAUCAAUCAAAAAGACGCGGUGCAUGGUCCCCGCAGUCGCCGUCGAACCGGAUCUCUCGCUGACGAUGCGGAGGAACAGGCGGGCCAACAGCGCAGACACAACCGGGCAGAGACCGGCCGGGCGGUCAGCCUCGCACAGCGAAGCCGAGCGUGGCAGGCGGUCCAGUCGGGUAUCGCUGGGAGUCAGCACCCGGCCGCGGCGAACCUCGUAUGACGGAGGAUCGAGCAGAGUGGAUGCUUCGGGUGACGAGGGCAGCGAGGAGAGCGACGGGGGCAAUCCGUAUGCGCGUAAAAAGUACAAGUCCGUGAGAUCGGCCGUGGCACAGGUUUACCCUAAGCGGCGAUCCAGGGUGCAGUCGGGUAUCAUGCCGGUGGUCUCGUCAAUGGCGCCGCGCGCCCGGAGGUCCGCCAGCCAUGGCGACACGCAGAGCACAGGCGGCCACAACAACAGCAGCCAGGCUGGGGCCGGCAAAUGGCGGCCCAGCUGCUCGUCUUCAUCUGACAACGACGAGGCUGAUAAGGAGCUCUCCGAUGACGAGGAGCUCUCCGAAAGCCUGGCGAAAAUCAAAAGCUACCGCCUCAGCAGCGGCAGCGGCAGCAACGAGGACAACAACACGGCAAUAUUUCAGAGCGUCCACCACGAUCAGUCUGACAGCGAGGACAGGAGUAAGACCACAGUGUCUAUGCGACGGCGGGCCGAGCCAGCAACGCUGAUGCCAUUGGUGCCACACACGACACCGCGGGCAUCAGCAUCGCCGGACCGGACGCCAUACCCCCCAGCGACGUCGCCGUCGUUCCUCGCACACAGACUGCUCGGCGAGAGUGGGAGUGACGGCGAAUUGCAGGUGGCCUCGCCGCUGCUGCUGCCGCGCGGGCUGAUGUCCUUGCAGAUGCCGCUGGAUAGCAUUUUCGGCACGUCGCCGAUUGCCGGAAAGGACUCGAUUCCGUCGCCUGCUGAUAUGAUGACGCCCGUGGUGACUGCUGCCUCGGUGAUGCUGCUUCCCGAGGACUCGGUCGUCCCAGCUGCACACUCGUCGGCACUGCUACUUUCGGCCGGUAAGUUUCAAUGAUCCAUUCAUCCACCCACCCCUCCAUGUUUUGUUUUGUUUUGUUAGUGCCAUUUUGCCAUUUUGUGUGUGCUGCGAAUCCUAUGCUUCGUAUCUGUGAAUGAGCAUUCACGGGUAAAGUUUUUUAUUUGCCUCUCAUGGAUUGUCCGCAGAUUGUCCGCGUUAGAAUAGGAACAAACAGGCCGAAACAAAUUGUGAAGCCAUGUGGCUUACAACUUUUGUGUGUCUGAACCUCUCUCUAUUUUACUUUUUUUUUUUGCAUUUG